AUGUCUGUCUUCUCGAACAACCAGCAGGCUCUUGCUCCACCUCCACCUGGCGACCCCAACUAUCACAAGAAGAAGCAGCUCGACUACCAAGAGCAAGACAUCUGCAUGUUCAACUUCACUCCUACCAACGUCGUCUACCAGCCUUCCAAGUCCAAGGAGCUCGACAGCGGCAUUCUCUCGCUGGAGAUUCCAACCUGCGUCGCCAAAGUCUCACCACCACCGUCUCCCACCCUGUCCGUGGCCUCUUCGCCUGCCACCUUCAGCAGCCGAAGCAACACUCCAGGCGGCUCCGUCACCUCUGGUAUCUCGUCGCCAUCCAGCUGCUCGCCACGCACCGCACCUGGACCUUCCUACUACGCCGCCGCUCACGAUGCUGUUGCUCUCCGUGAGAUCAAGCGCACCUUCGAGAGAGCACAGGAGCUUUGCCCUGCCGAUGCCGCCGUCUUCGUUGGCAACCUACCCGCCGGUCUCACUGACCUUCAGCUCUCCCACGAGCUCGUCAACCACUUCCAGGUCUUCGGUCAUCUCAAUGUCCUCGUGUCUCGCACCUACACCGCCGAAGCUGUCAAGCCCACAGCCAUCAUGCAAUUCACCCACCCUGCCGCUGCCACCAAGGCCGUCGACAACUCGUGCGGCUGGCGCAUCGGUGGUCGCAAGCUACGCGUGGCCCGCUCCACAGCCCAUCGCUCCCUCACUGUGUGGCCCAACGGUGUCGUCCAUCCUGCCACCACACGCGCCAACUUCAACUCUGGCAUCCACGCCGACGAGGUCUUCGUCGCCCAGAACCAGUUCCAUGACUACGCUCCCUUCGACCAGAUCGACUUCCACAUCACUCAGUGGACCUACAUGCGCCUGGGUGCCAACGAUGGCAUCCGCAUCACCUUCACCAACUACGGUCAGUACCUCAGAGCCAAGAGGGCCGUCAAGAACGGCGCGCUUCCAUACCACGAGAAGAAGGCCUACCGCGGUCCAAGCUUCGCCGAUCUCAGAUACUAA